UAACGCUGUACCACUACCCUGAUGACGAAUGGCUUGUUCCAUCGUCUAAUUUCAGAACGCAUCUGAGUGGUGUAUUGUGCACGCUGAGCACGGAGCGCCUUUACCCUCAAGAGCAGAUCCGACGCACUCUCUUCGGCUGUCUCAGUCCGCCCUAACCACUCUCUGCGAUUUACAAAGACGUCAGAUCUUGCCUUCACAGCAUCGCUUUCUCCGACUGUCAAAAACCUUUUGGGACUUGAAACAUAAAUAGAUCAUUCUGAUUCACCUUGUCUCUCCGCGUGCCAAUUUUCAAGUUUGAUGCGCUUUUGUGUUUUCGAGUUACGAGGCAGGGAAAUUAAUACAACGUUUUAACAAGUAAUCUCUGCUUUACAAGAACGUGCAGUAAGUACAGUUAUCGCUUUCCCAAACACAGGGAAUAGCUAAGCGAGUAGGCGAAACGUUGUAUAACUGCAUGUAGUCUACAAACAAACGAAGCGUCACCUGAAGCGCGUCUAGAUUUAAUGUUGUUUCAAAGCAUUUUCGUAAUUUGUCCUUAUUUUUAAAAAAAGUUAGUUCACUUUUUUUCUUCUUUUGCAAGACCAGGCUUUUUUCAAGUCAUCUAAUGUGUGCUCAUUGUAUCCGUCAACUUUACGGUCCUAACAUUAAAUUCUGAAAUUAUUCGCUGAGAACAUCAGAUAAAAAAACGAAAAUAUGGAGAAUGUUACUUCCAUUCCAGGGAAUCAGACUUUUGGCAACUGGACCGAAUACAGUAUUAAAUACAAAGUGGUGAGCAUAUUGUUAGUUACCCUUAUCUGUGGGGUUGGGAUUGUGGGCAACGUUAUGGUCAUUUUAGUGGUCCUCACGACCAAGCACAUGCGGACACCCACAAACUGUUAUCUGGUGAGCCUAGCAGUCGCUGACCUUAUGGUGUUGAUCGCAGCGGGUUUACCGAACAUCACCGACAGCCUUUACGGACAUUGGGUGUACGGAUAUACCGGAUGCCUCUGCAUUACUUAUUUCCAGUACUUGGGCAUAAAUGCGUCCUCGUGCUCAAUCACAGCAUUCACUAUAGAAAGGUAUAUCGCCAUUUGUCACCCGAUAAAAGCCCAAUUUCUCUGUACACUUUCCAGGGCGAAGAAGAUAAUCGUGCUUGUGUGGGCUUUCACAUCCCUCUACUGUGUCAUGUGGUUCUACCUGUCGGGCAUUGAACAGAAUGUUUACGCGGGUAACGUUACGACUGUCAACUGCGCUUAUAAAGUGUCCCGAAACUUCUACUGGCCAAUAUACUUCACGGAUUUUGCGGUAUUUUAUGUACUGCCCUUAAUGCUAGCCACUAUACUGUAUGGUCUUAUCGCAAGAAUUCUUAUUCUAAACCCGCUACCUUCGGACCCCAAAGAAAACAAAAAAAAGUUGAAAAAGGAUUCCAGUCAAGGAAAUAUGGGAAUUAGUUCAAAAAACUCCAAUUGCACCAGCAGCACGACAGCUGCCUCGCGGAGACAGGUUACAAAGAUGCUGGCUGUAGUGGUGAUCCUCUUUGCCCUGCUCUGGAUGCCUUACCGGACACUGGUGUUGGUGAACUCCUUCCUGGAUCCGGCAUACCUGGACCUGUGGUUCAUACUCUUCUGCCGCCUCUGCAUCUACCUGAACAGCGCCAUCAACCCCGUCAUCUACAACGCCAUGUCACAGAAGUUCCGUGCCGCCUUCAAGAAGCUGUGCAACUGCGGGCCACAGCGCUCGGAGAAGCCUGCAGCCUAUAGCGUGGCCCUCACCUACAGCGUCAUCAAGGAGACCUCCAAUGGGGAGAGCCCUGACCACUACACCACUGAGCUGGAUGACCUCACAGCCACUGAGGAGUUUCUUCCCAGCAAAAGACUGUCGUUUGAUGACAGUCACCUGUCAGGCAAGGUUACUUUCAGCAAUGCCUGAUUUGGGGGAAGGGGUGGCCAUUAAAAUGUAUCCUGUCCAAGUGUCACUGUCUUGUGAUCAGUAUUGCCUAUCUUAGCUCUACUUAGGAGCUUUCUUCUGCUGAUUUUUUUAAAGCCAGCUGGUGGUAGUUUAGGAGUGUAUGAAUCGUAGACAUUGUUUUUUUUUUGCUACUGAUCAUGUUUGUCAGCUGUGUACGUAGAAGGUACAAUUUAUAUUGUGUCUGUGUGCAUUCAUGCAUUUAUGAUUAAUAAAAUUACUGAUCUGCUGGGUCUGUAAAUGUCCAUGGGGCUAAGGCCAUGUGGCAAAGAUCCCAUUUGAAAAGCAAGAUAGACUGAUAAAUUAUGCUGAGGGUUUGCUGUUCAAUCACAAAGACAGUGUUCUUGUUUCUCACAGGGAAUUGCUUCACUAUCCUGCAAUUAUAAAAAGUUCAACCCAAUGUUCCCGUUCUGAUUUAAAUCAAAAUACGGACAAAAUUAUAGUUUUGUAUUACAUGGAUUCCAUCAGUUGUCAUUGUGCCAGAUUUAUCUAAUUGCAUGCAAAAAAAGACUACCAAUUUCACAUUCUGAAAACCGGUGUGCAUGUGUUGCAUUGUACCACACAAUGCCCGACGAAUGGGAAUGGUGUUGAGUAUUUUGCUUUAACAUGAUGAUUCAUUCAGGUACAUAUUUAAGAUGGUAAAUAUUUUAUUUUUUGGUGAUGUUUUAAUUGCAGUUUUGUAAAAAAGAAGAAAAAAAGAGAAGUGUAACUUGAAUUGAAUGUUUAAAUAUAUAUUUUCAUCUGUAUAUGUUGAAAAAAACAAUCAUUGAUGUGAAACUGAGUUCAGGGUCACUGAAGAGAAUGAAUCGAAGUCCCAUGAGUGAUCAUCCUGCCCUAGGGGUCAUGUGACCUGUAAGGUGAGCAGUUUUUUGUAGAGACACAGCACAUGGGACCAGAAAAAGGAACCUGAAUUUGACUCAACAAUGGGUCUUAUCCAAAAACUGCUCAAACCAGUUGGCAACAUUACAGUGUUGUUCUUACCGAAAAAUAUAGUAUUCAAAGAAAAAAAAUCUUUAUUUACUUGUACUGAUUUUUAUUGCUCAUGGUCACUAGUUGCUGCUCCAUUUACAUUAAAUUUUAUCCUGGUAUUCAGUGUCUUAUUAGAGGCUGAAUCGUAAUGAAUACUGAAUAAUACAAAUUUAAAAAAGGAAAAUCAUGCAUCACUCCUAGUCUUGUAUGUGAAAACUCAAAACUAAAGAGUAAAGGACUGUACCAGGGUACACAUGGGGUCGUUGAUUACUAUUUUAUGACAAAAUGAACAGGAGUGGGAAGAGUUUGGAGAUGUUUCUGCCACUUUCAAUACUAAUAUUGAAGAAAUACUAACGCCUGUACUAGCCAGCACAGUUAUCUGAGUGUUGGGUUAUACUGCUGUGGCACUCGGAUGGUCAGCUCCACUCUUUGUUUUGGUCAUUUAUAUCAUAUUACCUUCACUGUUGUGAUUUCUGAGAUUCCUCCCACUGUUUGUUACAGUUGAAGGGUGGUCUUACAUGUUUGGGAGGUGAAGCUGCGUUGGGUAGAAGGCAAAGAGAAAAACGAGAAAUUACCUCAGAGCUAAUAGUGAAUUUUUUUCAUUUUUGUCUAUAGGACUUUUUAUCCUUUUUAUUCUUGAACUUAUUUACAUUCUUAAGUCUUUAGAUAGUUUCUGUUAUCAAAGCCUUUCUGUUGAGAGACUCAAAUCGCAAAAGACAAGAUUAAUAUUUAUUCUUUCAGUUGUGUUUGAAAUAGCAUCUUGAACUUUUAUUUAUAAACAAGCUUAUCCAUAUACAUUUGAAAUAGGCUACAUUUGUUAUUGUCCAUAGCUGUGCUCUUUGAGGUUUGUUAAGUGACAUUGUCUACCUGACCUUGAAAUGUCAUCUGUGAAUAACACAGUUUACGUCAAUAAUGACACUAAAUAAAAGUGGUCUAUAAUAUUGUACAGUUUUUGUAGUUUUGUAGAUUUUGUGAAUGGGAUUUAGAAAAUGCUCAGGAAACAUAAAAUGUGGCUAAUGGUCAAUAUAUCACAUUAACAGAGGCAAGGAGUAAAUGUACAAGUCUUUUAAAUAGCUAUUUUUUUCUUUCAAAAUUUUUUGUGGACUGUGAGUUCCAUAUUUUUUAUGGGCAGACCGUUUAUUUACAGAUGGUUGGCAACCCCAGGUGUCACUCGUGCGGAACACUGCACUCUCAAUCCUCGUGCAAUUUAAGGACAGAGAAACAGCCUACUGCGGCCACAAAGGCACUCAAGCCAGGAGAUGAGGUGAAGCUCUCAUCCCCCGUGUGGGCGUUAGGCUUGCACACAGGGCUGAAGGAGGAACCACACGUGUGCAUUUCAAACAGAAAACUUCAAAGCAAAUUCAAGAAAAAAAUCAGGGAGAAGCUUAAACAACUAUUAACUGUCCUGACCUAUAAGCCUGAGACGUGGUGCAUGGUCUGCUUGCAGAUUACUGCUAAAAUGUUUCAUUUUAGAUGUUUGUUGAAUGAACCCUGAUUGAACUACCACACUCUUAACUGGAGGACAACGUUGGAUCACUCAUUUCCUUUGGCUGCAGCAAAUUCUGGGACUGGGACAUGGAAUGAGCUUCACAGUUGUCUCUGUGAUGAAUAACAGUGUGACUUUCUCACUGCACACCGUACAGUUUGCCAGCUUCAUUUGUUUUUCCGCAUCCAAGCCUACACCUCAGCAGCCAAAAUGUUUUGCAGACGCAUCUCUGCAAGGCUGGAAAGAGUCAGAGAGCUCAAGUCUUCAAUAGAAGGGCCUAGAUUACCUGAGGCUAAUGGGACACAGACUGAGCAAACACCAUUCAGGAAGGGAUUCUGAACAGUGUGGUAGAUGCCAUGAUGAAGCACGGCCAGGAACAUCCAAUAUUUAUCUAUGGAAAAAAUACUGUGACACAGGUUAGGACUGCUGAUCGGAACUUGGCAGUCAGAAAACUGCCCCACAGGCAAUUUUGAAUGCUCUGUGUCAAUGGGUCUGUCAUAUAAGCUUUGGAUGUUUCAGCGGCUUAACUGUGUGGAGAUAAUGUAGUGACUCAGAUGGUUACAAUCUGUUAACUAUUUAUUAUUUUGUUUUUGUAUUUGUAUUUACAUACAGUAGAUAUGGUCAAAGUUCCCUUACAGUGGGAGAUCAGUUAGCAAUGCAUACAAGUCAGCUGUUCCUGGUGCAACAGAACAUGGUUGCAGACACCAAAAGACAGGGUUCCCUAAACUGGUGGACAGGGACACCACAGGAGUCAUUAGCAAAGUGGAAAAAUAAUUCCCCUUUGAAUAGCACUCAGUUUUAUAGAGUACAUAUUUUAGAUUUACAAAUAAAACAAAGUAUAUAAAGUUUACAUGCAAUUUCUAACAUUAUUGUCACUGUAAGUGAUUAAACACUUUUUUUCAGUUCAUAAUGUAUUGUGUCCUAUUGUGCUUAACACGUAUCUGAUAAUACAUAAUUUCAUAUUUGACGCAACAUUGCCACUGCAUAUUAGCCCACGGCUUGUCUUUGGGCAGAGGAUGGUUAUCUUUGUAAGGAUUCCUAGACAUUAAAAGGUUUGGGUUACCCCUGCCAUAACACAGUUAAAAGCCUCAGUAAUCAUUUUUAACUCCUUUGUUUAAAAACAUCAGUGGGCCGUGAAUAGAUCAACAAUUUGUACACCUGUACACAAUAUUAAAUGUGGUUUUGAAAUGUUUUUGCAGGGGAGCAGACUAACAUGGAUCACUUUGACAUAUGGAUACUUCUCUGCCGGCUGGCCCAGUAGAUAUGCAUUAUUUUAAGAUGCAUUGUAGACAUCAAAGUGAUUGAUCUCUCUGCUGACACGUAUUCUAAACACAUCUCACUAAACACUGGUGUCAGCACAAAUAAUGCUUCAGCACCAAGAUAGAGUAUCUGAAUGACAAACAGGCAUGGGAUGAGUUAUAGCAUUAUAAUCAAGCUUAUAUUAACAUGGCCAAAAACAAAUCAUUUACACAAUAAUAUGCUGCAGUCUGUAGAAGCAUCAUCAGUCAUUUAUUAUAUUUAGAGGAUAAAUAGUAAUUGGAAUUCUACCAUGCAGUAUUAAUUUAGCUGUUUAAAAAAAGAGAAAUAAAAUGUGUUUACUGCACUGUCCCAUUUUUUAUUGUUGAUUGUGCUGUACAAUCUAGAACUGAUGUAAAGGUUUUUCAAAUCCAGUACAACUGUUUUCCUGUAGUGUUAUAAUGGAAAAAGUCAUUGUAAUGUUUCAUUGUGGUGUUUAAAUUGCAGUCUGUGUUCUAAACUAAGAGUGAUGUAAGCCAGAUGUGUUUUUGUGGCAGUCAUUGAAUUUUUCUAGGGGCAGAAUUCUGAAUAUUUCAAGCUAUUCAACAGCAUUUUUGAGAUGUCAAAAAAAAAAACUUUUGAAGAAAUCAUUUCUUUUCUGCUUUUCUUUCGUGCAAUGAGGACAAGCUGCAGUUGCUGGCCCAGAACUUUCCUCUUUCUAUUUGCCCACACCAUUCAGUUUUCUUCAUGCAUAAAGGACAUGCUGUGAUGUUUUCUUUUGUUUCUUUGGGAGAAAAUACAUAACCCUGGAAAUAGGUUGCAGCAAAUCUUGGGUUUUAAUGCAAUAGCUCAAGGAUGGACUGGCACAUUUAAAAAAAAACAUUAUGAUAAAUGGAAAUGUCUUUGUGAAACAAAUAAUUUGUAUAACCAAUUAAAAGUCAUGCCUGUCUAGUGCUCAAACAUUUUGUGCAUCAUAGGUACAUCUUUGUUGCUUUGUUGGUUGGUGUUUUAUAUUUUGUAAGCAAGCUUUAAUAAAUUCUUAAUGUUUUGGA